UGUAAAGCGAUGUCUGAGGGCGCCUGGCGGGAGCGGCACAGCUGCGCGCCCCCCGCGCGCCCCGGCUCCGGCCGCGAUGGAGGUGAGCGUCCUGGCGCUGCGGGAUCUGGCGAGCGCCCGGCCGGGGCGGCGGGGCCGCGCCGAAGCGGCCCAGAAGGAAAACAUAUUUGAUCGAUCCAGGAUGGCCCCAAAGACUCCAAUUAAGAAUGAACCAAUUGAUCUAUCGAAGCAAAAAGGCUGCACGCCGGAAAGAAAUCCAAUUACACCUGUUAAGAUCAUUGACAGACCUCAGCCUGAUCCCUGGACCCCUACUGCUAACCUGAAGAUGCUCGUUAGUGCUGCUAGCCCUGACAUGAGGGACAGAGAGAAGAAAAAAGAGCUCUUCAGACCCAUAGAAAACAGUGAGCAGAGUGACACGCCGGAUUCAUUACAGUAUGAUAUAGUAGACGACACCACGGUUGAUGAAUUUGAAAAGCAGAGGCCCAGCAGAAAACAGAAAAGCUUAGGACUUUUGUGCCAAAAGUUUCUAGCUCGCUAUCCAAAUUAUCCAUUGUCAACAGAGAAAACUACCAUUUCUUUGGAUGAAGUGGCUUCAGUUCUUGGAGUUGAACGGAGACGAAUUUAUGAUAUAGUGAAUGUCCUGGAGUCAUUGCACUUGGUUAGCCGUGUGGCCAAGAACCAGUACUGUUGGCAUGGCCGGCACAACCUCAGCCAAACUCUGAAAAUGCUUCAGGAAGCAGGAGAGCUGCAGUAUGGAGAGGUAAUGACCUUCCAGCACAAGGAGCAGGACUUAGAGUACAAAUUUGGAGAACGGAAAAAGGAAACUAUUCCUCAUUCCCAAGACAGACCAUUACUGGACUUUUCAGAACCAGAUUGCAGCUCUGCAUCUGCAAACAGCAGAAAGGACAAGUCAUUGCGGAUUAUGAGCCAAAAGUUUGUCAUGCUGUUCCUUGUCUCCAAGACCAAGAUAGUCACUCUGGACAUCGCAGCAAAGAUACUGAUAGAAGAAACCCAGGAUACAGUGGACCACAGCAAAUUUAAAACAAAGGUACGAAGACUGUAUGAUAUUGCCAACGUUCUCACCAGCCUAGGCUUGAUCAAGAAAGUUCACGUCACUGAGGAACGAGGACGCAAACCAGCCUUCAAGUGGAUUGGGCCUGUGGAAUUCUCUGGAAAGACUGAUGAGCUGAGAGGACAUAGCCCAACAUCUGAUUCUCUGCCAGGGACAGAGAGAGGAGCCUGUGCCCAGUAUCAGAUCUGUGCUUCUGGAAAACAAAGGUUUACACGUCACGCUUCAUUUAAUGGUGCACAGCCUUUUGAAGGGACCAGAAGGAAGGUCAGCUCUGAGCCCAACAGCCCACAUCAAGAGAGGCAAGACGGUAUUGUGAAUUCAGAUGAAUAUUGUUCCAAAAUGAUAAAUCUAGCAGCUGUCUGCAGGCAGAAAAUAGAGGAAGAUACUAGGAAUAAAGCUUGUGGCACAGAAACUAUACUAAAUUCAGCAAGGAACUCAAGCAUAACCUCACCUUUUUCCCUUAUUCCGGUUCCUGGGGACUCUGAUUUUUGUGUUAACCCUUUGCCUCAGGCUGUUUUCCCUGUGGUUCAGACAGAGGUGCCAAGCCUCUCACUACCAAUUGGCAUCAGCAGCCAAGCUCCACAUCCUUCCAUGCCUGCAGCUUCCAAAACAGAAAAUGGAAAAGCUACCCUGAUUCCCAGCCAACCCUUCUUGUGCUUCCCAUCUUCAUCCCUUUUUAUGUUGUGUGGUGGUCUUCUGGAAAAUAACUUGAGCGAGACCCUCCCCGCUGCAGGAGAGAAGGGAGACAGGAGUGCCGAAGCUCAGCCUGCUGUACCUUCAGCUGUCUGCAAAAAACACAGCUCCCACAAGUGCACAUCACCCUCGUCACCUGCAGAUGAUGAAGAGCCACCUGCUAAAAAGCAGACCAUGGAGCAGAGUGAUCUGCCCCUCUCACUUGUAGUACCCAAGAAGCCUUUUGAGUCACCCAGGGCUGAAUCUACCCCAGGAAAUGGCUGUCCCUCUGCUGUACAUCUAGAAACUUAUCGUCUUGACCUCGCAAGUCCUGCUGCUCCAGAGGCUGCAAGCAAGGAGUCUUUAGAUUGUCAGGAGCAACAAAAACGAUCUCAGAACACAGACCCUGAUGAACCCCCUCCAGGAAAUGAGCAUAUCUCUAAAGAAAAUGCCAAUCAACCUUUCCAACCACAAUAUCUUUAUUUUCAGCCUACCACUGGAUUAAGCAGUUUUAAUUUCCUGUUCUCUGCAAACCAAGCCCCUGGUGCCAUAAGCCUGGCUUCGAACCAGUUACCUUCUCUAAGUGUACCCUGUGUCAUGGUGCCAUCGGCAGCCUUGGGUUCCUUCCCUCUUGUCUGUUCUCCCUCAUUCACCAGUCCUCUUUCCCCAGUUCCUGAUGGUUCAUUCUCAGCUGGUGCCUCCAUGAAUUGCAGUAUGUCCAGCCUGGCAUCAACAACCCCUGUUUUCAUAAGCACCACAGCAGUGGUCACCCCCAAGGUCUCACCUGCCCCUUCUGUGGAUCUACAGCAACCAGCUCACCCUUCUCUGCACCUGAGUCCUGUGCUUACACGAUCUUGCAGUGCUGUUAAACUGGACUCCCCCAUGUGUGUGGGGCACCCAGUGACCCUUCUGAAGCUGCAGCAGCCUUCAUCAACUCCCCUCACUCCCAAGAGCAUUCGUCCUGCACAUCAUGAGGCAUUUUUCAAAACUCCUGGAAGUCUUGGAGACCCUGUGGCAUGGAAGAAAAAUGAAGGCAACCAGAUCAGAAAUGCCAGCUCUGUGCAGAGGAGACUGGAAAUCUCCGGUACCAGCCCUGACUAAUGCCACUCUUUGCGAAGAGUGGACAGAUUGGCUUAGGACCCUGUAUUGAUUAUAAGAGAACAAGCUCUUACCUGGCAAGAGGAGCACGUUAAAAUGUCACCCCUUUCAGCAUGCUUCCCCAUGUACCCACUGGUUCUGUUAACCAUCUUCUUCACAAAUCAUCCUUGGUACUGAAAUCCUUUUACUGAAUUGUUCCUUCAGCGCUGAUUUGAAUUCAGAUUCUGUGCUUCACACAGCCUUGUGGGCAUCAAAUUUUAUUUGGGAUUUUAAUUCUAUUGCUGUGAGGAGAUGCAAAGAGAUUUUGGGGUCCCCAGGGGUUCUUUAUUUGUGGUUUUAAGUGAGAUGUCUAGCACUUAUCUGGGGUAAGCAUUUUAUUUGCAUGUACUCUACUUACCCUGAGUAAAUCUGUGGUGAAAAUGAUAAACUUCUGCAGUUGUGAGAGCAACUGCUUCCUUGGUUCCAAUCUGUCAAAUCCUGCCUCCGCAGUGCAGCCUCUUGCUAUUUAUUUUGUAUGUUGGAGUGGGAUUAGUGCAAAAAAGGAUUUUUGCAGCUUCAGAAUAACAGAUUUUCUCAGGGUAGGAUUACUUGAAUGUCAGUUGGUUGUUGUACAAUUUGCCCAGCACUUGUGGUUAGAAAAACCUAAUAAUAACACAGUAUGAUUGAAUGUAUACAUAUGAAAAAUAUUAAGACCAAAAUAACUGUGAAUGUUAACAUUUUUAUAGUUGUGUUAAUGAACUGUUAUUAGUCCUUGGGUUGUAUUUUUCUUUUACUUCUACUCUAAGCAAAAUAUGCAAGUUAGAUGUAAAGAAUACAAAACCUGAUUCCUUAAAUAGGUUUGACAGAAUAAUUUGAGUGACAAGCCACUGAGAGGACUGUGCUAAGAUUUCAUCUCCUGUUUAAAUAUCUAGUCUAGACUUUAUGACCAAGGACCACUGGUAAGUCAUUAACCACAUGAUUAGAUUCAGUCUAACCUGAGUCUACUAAGUGCCUACUUAGCUGUCUACUUAAGGGGUAUGUGCUUAAGUGCCUAACUCUUCACUUACAGGAAUUUCUUAGCAUUUGAGCUAGUUAAUAGAGCAUUUGAGCAUAUUGGGAAGACAAGGGAGAUCUUGUCUAUCUAAACUAUAAAAAGAAGCUGAAAAGAGCAGGAGCCUCAAAUUUUGAAAUUACUAUAAAAAAAAUUUAAAAAAUUAUCUUUACGCCUUAGGAGAAGGUAAUGAGGAAGAAAAGUCUUAACAUUCAGAGUCCUCAAAUAAUGGAUGGUGCUAUUAAUAAUAUAGGACAUAAUUUUAAGAGUUAAUGCUCUUAUGUUUGGGUAUGUUUUCUCUCAUAGAGCAAGCUGCAAUUAAAUUUGUGCAGUUUCCUUUUUAAAAGACAGAAAGUGUUGCUUUGACAUCACAUUAUUCUGGAUUUUUAGCAAACAUAAGGCCAGCAUGAUCAGCUCUCUCUUUGGUACUGGUACUGAUUUUCCAAGCGUAGAUAUGCUGUUGGAUGUACUAUUUUGAGGUCAGGGGAGUCUAGGACUUUGUUUGAGGAUUGGAGAUUUGAUGAGGGGGGUUUAUUUUUAUAAUGAAAUGUAUUAUGGAAAUGAAAUUUAAGAAAGAAUUUUAGUGAAGCUGAGAGUUUGAGUAAUGUGGCCUUUUCUUAGAAUAGACCAAUAACAGCUUUUUAAGGAGGGUUUGGUUAGCCCAUGUUGAAAGAAAAUCUCUAGCAGAAUUAUCAUAGAAAAUUUCAGAGGUGGUAAAGAGACAUCUUCAGACUGCUAAUUUUUUAUAUUUAAAAGACACUACAGUUAUGAAAGUUUACAGUUUUUCCUUCUGGAUUAUUUCUUCUUAAAAGACAUAAUAAAACAUCCACUUAGAUUAAUUAUUCUUUGAAAAGGAGUGUGUAAUUAGCACAGCGCUGCCCCUGCACUUCUGCUAACAUGCAUGUCUUGCUGUUGGGGCAGGAAACAGGCUGCUAGGGUUCCAGGUGACAUGGUGGGUGCUGAUUCUCCAAACUUGUCUUUUCUCUUUCCCUCUAGUACAGUGCUGCCUUUUAGUGAAAUGGCAGCUGGGUGCAGAGAGGAGCAUUAGAGCUAGUAUUGGCUGUUUGCUCCAGUUGAAGCAUCAUCACCAAAAUUGCCUUUCUUUGUCAGUAAUGUUACUGUGUGCCAUAACUAACCUAAUUAUACUUGAAAAUGCAGGGACUGAAAAUGAAUUUUCAGUUUCCAAUUUCUGCUUCUAGUUUUGGGUUUCCGUAAAUACAGCAGGUCUGGAAAUGAGGAUCGACUCCCUCUUCAAUGGGUCAUGUUUGGGAAAGCAGAUUUUGGGUCUGGGAGAAGAAGGAUGCUGAUAUGCUGUCUUGGUUUUGACAACGCAAAAUUUUCACUAAAAUGGAGUGGGACCACCAAAGCUGUUGGGCAGCAAAGGGAUCAAGGCUACUUUCAGUACCUGAGCUGCUGAACUAGACCAGUGAGGGCAAAGAGUUUAUGGUCAUGAGGGAAUGAGUUUACCUUUCCUAUCUUUACCUUCACUGAAAGCUAAGAAGUUAAAUAAACUAGGAACAACUCAUCAGCAAAGUAGCUUUGGAAAAGCAGAAUUUGUAUUUGCACUGAGGCGAAGUGCGUACCCAGGAUGUUCUGCAGGGUUUGUGAAACCUUUCUGUCCCAAGACAGUUGUUGAGGAGGAUGAGCAUAUAACUUAUACUUGAAUCUAUCUGCCACGUUUACAUUUCUGAUUGUCUUUUGUAAAUUGGUGCUAUUUCUGUAUUUAAAAAGCUGUAUUUUUAAUGUAAAGCUGCUUCCAGUUUGUUUCUUUGCACUGCUAGUUUAAUGUAGAUAUUAAUUUUAUUGCUUUUUGUAACUGUUCUUCAGUGAUUAGAUGUCCUGCUUUUCCUGCUUUCUAGCUAUCUUUUUACCUGUCUGCAUACAGCUUUACUCCAAUCACACUGUCGGGUUGAAUAUUUUUUUAUACUAUCUUUUAGCAAAAUAUUAAACUUUUACAGAAUAAAAAAUGGAAUUGAAA